GCUGUCUAAACUUUCUUUUUAUGACACAAUCCUAUUUUUGUCUGUCUUUCUUCAUCGUCCACUCCUUGUGUAAGCAUUUAGUCGUCGCGUACAGUACUUGCGAAGCAGAGGAAAUAUCAGGAGCAAGAACCGGAAACAGAAGAAAACUGGUGGUUUUUUUUCUCAAUAGCAAUUUCCUCUUGUUGCAGGGCAAACGAAAGACCCGUCUUGCAUCGGAACGUUAAAAAUAUAUUUAAUGUGCUAAACAUCUGACUAGAAGCGUUCCUGCUCCUUACGUUUUUGGACUGCACUAUUUUGGGGGAAAAGGUCGAACUGUACACCACCAAAGUUGCUCAAGUGUUUGUCUAGGAAGUUGUAAUGUCAGCCAGAGCUGUGUUGCCGAUCGCGGUAGCAGCAGCACAGACACAGUACCACUAAACAUUUCUGCUCUGGUGAAUCAGAAUGGAUGCUUUUUGGCUGUUACUACUGCUGCUGAUCCCAUUUCUCCUAUGGACCAGCAGUACAUUUGUUUUUUAUUUCAAAAAGUGUUUUUAUGUGGCAUGGAUGAUGGGUUUGGCCGUACUUGCAAUUCCGAUUUGUAUUCUGAAAAGCGGAGGCAGGGACAUUGAAAACAUGAGAGUGAUUCGCUCCCUGGUGCGACAUGUGAAGUACUUCCUGGGUCUGAGGUUUGAGGUGAGCGGCUGGGAGCACCUGCAGACCGAGGGACCCUACGUAAUCAUCUCCAACCACCAGAGCUCACUGGACGUCUUGGGCCUCAUGGAGAUCCUCCCUGACCGCUGCACCAUGAUUGCAAAGAAGGAGCUGGUGUAUGCUGGCACGGUGGGCAUCGUGUGCUGGCUGGGCGGCAUCGUCUUCAUCAACCGCAAGAAGACCAACGACGCCAAGAGUGUGAUGGGUGAUGCUGCCAAGACCAUGCUCAAAGACCAGAUCCGUCUCUGGGUGUUCCCCGAAGGCACGCGCAACCAAAAGGGCGACCUGCUGCCAUUCAAGAAGGGCGCAUUCCACCUGGCCGUGCAGGCGCAGGCCCCCAUCAUACCCAUCGUCUUCUCCUCCUACGGCAACUUCUACUUGCGGAAAGAAAAGCAGUUUAAAUCUGGCACCAUCACGCUGAAGAUCCUCCCGAAGAUCGAGACGAAGGGCAUGACGACGGACGACGUGUCCGCCCUCUCUGACAAGUCCUACCAGGCCAUGCGCUCCGUGUUCACGGAGAUCUCGGGGUCAGCCUGUCAGAGCAACGGGCCCUCAGGCCACUGAGCAUUCCGCUGCAUCCCCCCCC